AUGCAAAGCACAGACCACCUGCUGGGCCUGAUGAAGCAAAAUGGUAUGACGAUAGUCACAUCAGAACUCAUCGGAGAGGACCCGGCCAUUCAGCUGCGGAAAUUAAAGGAUCGUGGAGCUCGGGUUAUCGUGGGAAGCUUCUACGAUGACAUGGCCGUCAAGAUAUUCUGCGAAGCUUACAAAAUAGGGCUAUACGGACACAAGAUCGUCUGGAUCAUCAUCGGCUGGUACAAGGAGGAUUGGUGGAAGAUCCGUUAUCCUUCAGUGACCUGUACCGAGGAACAGAUGCGAGAGGCGGUGGAAGGUUACCUGGCCGUGGACAGAAUCUGGGUGAACCCGAAGCCAGAGAUCACCGUUUCUGGAUACACCCCACAGGAGAUCCAGGAGAUGUACUGGAACCGGACCAACUAUCACGCCCUGCCUUACCUGAACAUAGGACUUAUUGGCUAUGACGCUGUGUGGACGGCUGCGCUAGCUCUGAACAAGACCAUUGUCGAUCUGGAAGCUAAAGGACUAAAGAAGAUUGAAGACUUCACGUAUGAAGACGAAGAAAUUUGCGAUAUUUUGUUCAACAACGCCUUGAGCACGGACUUUUAUAGUGCACGCGGAAGAAUUUUGUUCAACGAGAAUGGCGAUCUUUCCGCUGUCUACAGAAUCGAUCGUUUCCAAAAUGGAAAGAAGCAGAUGGUUGGUUUAUAUUAUCCUACAAACAAGCCCGGGGAGGAGAUUGAAUGGUUGAAAGAUGCACCAAUUGUCUGGAAGGGUGGACGUAUUCCCCAGGAUUCGGUGACUAUAAUAGAAAUAACAGACACUCUGUCGUUCUAUUUAUACAUUACCAUGAGCAGUAUGGCUGGCCUGGGAUUCAUUAUGACCUGCGCAUUUCUUCUAUUCAACGUCAUCUACAGGAAAACAAGAAUCGUGAAGAUGUCUUCUCCGAACUUGAACAAUAUGACGCUGGCUGGCUGCUUGCUUCUGUAUACCACCGUGUUUAUGGAAAGUACUGUUCCAGACGCCAUUGUCACCGUCUGCCAGAUCAAGAUUUUAUUUCUUGCAAUCGGCUUUUCAAUGGUCUUUGGAGCGUUGUUCUCGAAAACAUGGCGUGUGUAUGUCAUCUUUACAAACGGCGCAAAGAAAAGAAAGAUUGUAAAGGACGUGCAGCUUUUUAUCAUGGUGUGUAUUAUAGUCACCAUCAACGUCUCCAUCUUGAUCAUGUGGUUUAUCCUGGAUCCUGUACAACUUAUUGUUGACAACCUCCCAACAGAGAUAGACACUGUGGCAGACUCGGAGCUUCACAGAAAAGUCGAACACUGCGAGUCGCCUCGUCAGAUUUAUUUCACUGCUUCUCUGUUUGCUGUUCAGGGAAUUCUGCUCCUCUUUGGGGUUUUCCUCGCUUUCCAGACAAGGAAGGUAAAAGUGGAAUCUCUGAAUGACUCGAAGAUGAUCGGCAUCUGCAUCUACAACGUCUUGGUUCUCGCCUUCCUCGGCGUCAUGGUCUUCUUCACGUUAAAGUCCAACAUCAACCUCAACUACGGCAUCACGUCGUUCAUCAUCACCAUGGGAACCGCUGUAACACAGUGUCUUAUUUUUGUGCCCAAGAUGACUAAACACUGGAACAGCGUGGGUGACGAAGAAACCACGAUGCACAACACCGUCAACACCGUGAACACCGUGAACAACAGAUUAACAGUGGUGGAGACUGUGUCUUAAUCUGAACCAUUCGAAACGAACACCAUUCGAGCCUUAAUUCCUACCACCAACGAUUACUCCCCUUGAAUUGACGUCUCCCAUUUUGACUAUUGAUGUACAUGUAGUUUGCGUUCUUUGCAUUGUUUUGUUGUUAUUCUUUCCACAAGACAAGCAACCAUACAUAGUUACACGACCGUAGGAGAGAGAGAGAGAGAGAGAGAGAGAGAGAGAGAGAGAGAGAGAGAGAGAGAGAGAGAGAGAGAGAGAGACAGACAGACAGACAGACAGACAGACAGACAGACAGACUGUUGUAAUUAUUAGGGUAAAGUUCAAAAGAGAUUCUUUUCACCUACCGUAGUUUGACACCCAAUGGCCGAUGUAUUUCAUUCAUUCGUUCUUUUCAUUGUUAUACUUGAACUCGAAUUCCAACUUGAUUUUGUUUUAAAGAAAAUAAGUUUGUUUUGUUUAACAUCACGGAACAUGUGACAU